AUGACUUUUCAAUUGGAUUCUCAAAAACUAAAAUCAAGAGACAGAUGCACUAGAUUUUGCUAUGAAAAAUUUAUUGUGAUAAAUAUUUGUGUGCAUUCUGUUCUGCUGCUUGUCGUGUCAUUUACUGCUUCUUGCUUUUUCAAAGCUUUUCUUGUGUCGAUAAAUGACUUUGAAGGCUGA